AUGCAUUUGGAAUUUCAAACCAUCAAAAGGGGAUUGCUCGCCGCCACCACUGCGGUGAAUGUCCCUUUAUCACUAGAAGCUCCCGACAACGCCGUCCAAGCCCCAGGGAAUUUCAUGGGCUUUGGAUUUGAGACAGCAUUUAUCAAUGACUAUGCGAACAGCUUCACCGUGAACCUGCUCAACUCGGUCGCAAAACGACUAGACACUGUUCCGAUUAUAAGAAUUGGUGGAACCUCCGGUGAUCGAGUGACAUUUGAUGAGAGUCAGCAGCAGGUGAAGGUUUGCAUUCAGGGGGACUGCCCCAUUGGAUCAUCAGCAAGCUACAUACUUGGCCCAAGCUACUUCGAUGGCUUCAAAUACUUGAGCGACUUCGGCUUUACCUUUCAAGCACCUUUAGGCCCAGUGCUAAAUAUCUCGAACACUGCCAUUUACGUAUCGCGAGCAUACGAACAAGUCAACAAGAACAAUCUAGCUGCAGUUGCGAUUGGAAACGAGCCAAAUCUCUAUUCCCACCAAUACAAUAUCAACUAUACACUUGAUCAAUACGUCAACGGCUCGAAAACAAUCAUGGACCUUGUUUCGAAAACUCUGGGUUUUAAUGAUAGAGUUCCCAUGUUUGAAGUCCUUGAUCUUUCAUCUACCAAGGCUCAAUUUAAUCUAAUUGAGACAUUCGAAGACAAUCUAGACAGUUCUAAAGAUGCUAAGAUUGCAGCAUGGCAUUGGUAUCAGCUCCCGGGCGACUAUAAUACUCUAGCACAGCAACAGGAAUAUCUGAUGAACCACACUGCUAUCGUCUUACAAUUCGAUCCAUUGAAGCCGCAACUUGAAUAUUUGAAACAGAACAACCCGACCGUUCAACCUGUCUUGAGCGAGACUGGAUCCGGCACCCAGAGCUCGAUCGAGAUUCUAAGCGGCUUUGGUGCAGCGUUGUGGUGCAUCGACUUCCAACUAUACAGCUUAACCCAAGGUAUAUCCCGUGUGGAUGCAUCUCAUCGCCCGGCGGCUCUUCAUAGUUACUGGGUACCGGAUAACUCAGCGGGGACGUUGAACCCGGGGCCGCAAGUUCGUGGUGUUUGGUAUGCCCUUCCAUUUAUUGCAGACUUUCUGGGACCGAAUCCAGGAAAGGUCAUUGAGGUCGAUAUGGGAUCAGAUACACUCGUCGCUUAUGCAAUCUACGAUGCAUCUACGAGUGCUGUCUCGAAGCUGGCGUUGAUCAACCUCCGUGCAUGGGCCAUCGGGGAUGGCAGCUCUCGUGGAUCAGAAACAGUCUCCGUGCCUGUCUCCUUCGGUAUCUCGUCUGUCAACGUCAAGCGACUUCAAUCUGCCGCGGGCGCCCAGGCAAUGGGUUUCGAUUACGCCGGCCCAUCCGAGAACAUAACUUGGGCAGGAGAGCAAUGGAGCUACUUCAUUGAUCGAGGAAAUGGUCAUCAAGUGGCCGGUGUGGCAGCGGAGGUAUCUCAUCCAGUAUCUGAUGGGAAGGUUCAGAUUCAAAUUCAGGACAGCGAGGCUCUUUCCAUUGAGUUCUGGGACUCAAACUUGUUCGGGGGAAAGUCCCAUGCCUGCGGGCAGCCAGGCUUUCCAUCCUGUAUCUAG